UAGAUUCUAGAUACAUCCAUGAGUCAUGACAUCCAAAGGUUAACAAACAACAACAAACAACACAAACACAAUUAACGGUCAAACGUCGAAAUACGUUACCAAGUCAAUGACAUUGUGUAUAUAUAUCUAUAAAAAAAAACAAAAUAUAUUGCAUUAACUACUAAAUUAAUUAUCACCUAAUCAAAGGAUUAAUUAAGAAUUUACUUAAAAUGAAUGCAAAAAAAAUAUGUGUUGAGACAGACCAACGAACCUCUGAUGUAGAUGACAAGGAUCCAAAAGUCGUCAUCAACUCACUGGACUACGACUCAUUAGCAAAAAUCAUCAUGUUGUUGCCAAUACCAGAAAGGAUAGACAUGGAAAAAGUUUGUACCAAAUGGAAAGAGGCAUGUCAACUUGCUUGGUAUGACAUUAAAGAAUAUUCUUGUAAAUCAUCUUGUAAAUGUAAAUCAUCAAUUGGACGUUGUUAUGAUAACCGUUUGUUGAGACAAUCAUACGACAAGGAAAUAUUAUUAAGAUGUGGUAAAUAUCUAAAAGUAUUGUCUCUCUCAGAAAUUUUCGAUUCAAAGAUCAUGACAUUUGUUGGUGAUCACUGUAAAAAUUUAACAAGUCUUGAAUUUGUACUUGAUGUUAAUAAUGCUGAUCACAUUGUUCAAGCAUUUACACAGUUGGAUAAAUUAAAAUGCAUCAAAAUAACAGGGAAUUAUAAUGAACGUGAUAAUGAUGAAGUUAAUCUAUUUGAAAUAAUUAAUAGUCUUCCAGAAGAAAUUAAUGAAAUUCAUAUACAUCAUAAAUAUUGGUCGCACAGUAAACAAGCAGUUCUUUUCGUAAGUUGUUAUUGAAUACCAACUAGUUGUUUAUCACCAGUGACAAACAAUACUAUCAAUCAAAUAAAUACAAAUUAUAUAAAUAAAUUUCUAUUAUUU